AUGGACCACCACGAAAAUUGUCCUCAAUGGAUCAAGAUCGAGCAGCGACUGAAUAACUUGGAAAAGCUCGACCAAUUGGAGAACGAUGCCGAAGCCAAUCAAGAAGCUUUGAUAACCUUAUUCAAAAAUAUGCUCGGUGGGGAAGGCGUGGUAGCAGGUCUACGCCGUCUUAUUUCGGAUGACGUAUUAUACAAGAUGAAUUACUCUGGAAAAAUGGGACAAGUCGGACUUACAAAAUUUUCUAAUUUUACAAAUGUUCUAUAUGAGUCACUCAGAAACGAGCAUUAUAGCUAUCGACAGUUCCAGGAUGACUUCCGCACCUCGUUCACAAAGGCGAAGAACAAAAAAUACAAAAAUUCAUAUAAAAAAAAGAAAACAGAUUUUCAGGACUAAUAAAAAAUUUAGACCUGAAAUUUUCUGGACUAAAUUUUUAUAAGUCCUGAAAAUUUGUUUUUCUUAUUUUUCAUAUGCAUUUUUAUUCGAAUCAAUAAAAAUAGACCUCUGCUGCUAAGAGCAUA